AUGCAAGAACUGUCAAGCCAACUCAGCGAACUCUUGAGCAAAGGAUUCAUCCGACCUAGCUUCUCACCCUGGGGAGCUCCGGUCCUUUUUGUUAAGAAGAAGGACGGAUCCUUUAGGAUGUGUAUCGAUUAUAGAGAACUGAAUAAGCUCACUAUCAAAAAUCGCUACCCACUUCCACGAAUCGACGAUCUAUUCGACCAGCUUCAAGGAGCAAAUUACUACUCUAAGAUAGAUCUGCGAUCCGGCUACCACCAACUCAAGGUCCGGGAAGAGGAUAUCCCUAAGACCGCUUUCCGAACUCGUUAUGGACAUUAUGAAUUUGUUGUAAUGCCCUUCGGUCUAACGAAUGCCCCUACCGCAUUUAUGGACCUGAUAAAUCGAGUUUGCCGACCAUUCCUCGACAAUUUCGUUAUCGUUUUCAUCGACGAUAUUCUGGUUUAUUCUCGAAGCGAAGAGGAACAUAGUCGACACCUCCGACAAAGCUUGGAAACCCUGCGAGCUGAAAAGUUAUACGCAAAACUCUCUAAGUGUGAGUUCUGGCUCCGUAGCGUAAACUUUUUAGGUCAUGUUGUCAGCCAAGAAGGGAUACAUGUGGACCCUUCUAAGAUCAAAGCCAUUGAAGGAUGGGCAGUCCCAAUGACACCCACAGAAAUUCGUCAAUUUCUGGGUCUCGCAGGCUAUUACAGAAGAUUCAUUCAGAACUUAUCCAGAACAGCCAAGCCACUUACCAUGCUUACACAAAAAGGCGUACCAUUUGUAUGGACAGAAAAGCAGGAGGUUGCCUUCCGAACUCUGAAACGAGCUCUCUGUAGUGCGCCAGUACUAUCAUUACCAGAGGGUACUGAGGACUUCGUAAUUUACUGCGAUGCUUCGAAUCUGGGUUUAGGAUGUGUACUCAUGCAGCGUGGGAAGGUGAUAGCUUAUGCAUCCCGGCAACUAAAGACACAUGAGGUGAAUUAUACCACCCAUGAUCUCGAAUUGGGAGCUGUGGUCUUUGCUUUGAAGAUUUGGAGGCACUACCUUUAUGGUACGAAGUGCACCAUUUUCACUGACCACAAGAGCCUCCAACACAUUUUAAAUCAAAAGGAGUUAAACAUGAGGCAGCGAAGAUGGGUUGAGCUGCUAAACGAUUAUGAGUGCGAAAUCAAGUACCACCCAGACAAGGCUAACGUGGUAGUUAAUGCCUUGAGUCGGAAAGAAUACUCAAAUCGUCAUGUGAAAACUCUUUCGAUAACCAUUUAA